UCCAGUAGGUGGCGGUAAUGUACGUGUAACCUCGCUAAAACAACCGUCGUUUAAACUCGUAGAAGAAAGCGAAGCUAGCGUUAGCAACGUAGCACACGUUAACAAGCUGUAAGCGAGGUUUUGUAAAGCUUUACCACUUCACACGUCACCAUUAACGCGUUUAACUGCUCUGUUCCGCUCGCUAACCAAUUAAACCGCAACACACCCGAAAAUGGACAAACUGGAAACACCCUACGAUGUUGAAGCUGACUUUAUUGACUGCACGGUCUGUGAUAAAGCCAUAAGGGGAGACACCUUGUACAAGAUACACCUGACUACACCAGGGCAUAUAAAGAAAGAGCAAGGCUUAGUCCCUUCGGGGGUUGCAGCCAGAAAAAGCAGCAUACCGGAUUUUAAGGAUAUUUUACAUUAUCUGGAAUACGUGAAGCUCAAUGAGCCCAUCAUUGGUUUGAGCUAUUUGGAAGAAGUCCCUUGUGAUGAUGCACAAGCAAACGUCAGAUACUUAUGUAGGCUUUGUCAUCUGACUGCAAACCUGAUAGAAAUGGUCCACCAUGUGAUUGGACGUAAACACAGGCAGAAAUAUGUGGAAAUAAAACGGCCAGACUUGGUGACCUGGGAUAAACAGUCUGUAAUGUACCAAGGAGGAAAGAUCAUACGAGCCAGAGCAGAAAUAGUGGAGCGGCAGGAUGGACGUGGGACUCCCAAGCCAAUGGCAAAAGAAGGAAAUGAAAGCAAGUCAAAAACAUCAAGAGUUCCCCCAAGGCAGAAGCAAAAUAGAAAUCAAAAUAUUCCACAGAGUUUUAGCCCAAAAGAUGUGCUACCACUCUUUCCAGAAUUUAAGGGCAAUAAGGGUGAGUACUCUGACCGAGGGUACCCGGAUAUGCCCUCAUUCCAACCAGAUGACCCUUACAUGAACAGAGACAGACAGAUGUACCAACGGAAGGACAGUCUCAGCUGCGGAUACAUGAAAGACGAGCUACGCAGUGCAGAUUACAGGGAUAACAACAUGUACAGACAAGAAUUUAUGGACCCUGAUAAUCGCAUGCAAUAUGAAGAGGAAUAUGUAGAAGAUCCACAAAGACGAGACGGACACGAGCCAUGUGGUGGUACCAGGUAUGAUCCUAGGGAGGAGGUGCCAAUGACUCAUGGCCAGACUCAGCAUUUAGAUUAUUUUCCAGAGGAGGCUCCUCCUUACAGAAGACCCCACCCAGAAAGAGAUGCUCUCAAGGAGUUCUACUCUGAGGAAGUUCGGCGUCGCAAAGCCCGUCCUGAGGGUGAGCCCUCGCAGUCGGCGUACACAGAGGAUGAACGCAGGUGGUCUGUGGACAGACAUAGCAAUAUGAGUAGAGCAAGUGGGCGAGGAUCGAGUGAACCAGAGGCUAAGAGGAAGAGCUUUUCCACACCUGUGGAGCAUGACCAGUCACAUAAUCAUUUGUUUGAUAUUAUCAAAGAUUACAGGCACAAAAAGGGAGAACUAUGCGAAGAGGUAGUUUCUAACCCUGGGCCGAUCAGAACAGGACCCCCGUCCUCCCAGAGACGAGGGGACGUUACUAAGAACAUAUCUGGCAUCCCAGAGCCAUUCAGGCGCUUUCUGACGGGGGCCACUAAUGAUGAGGGAUGUGAGAAAAGAAAACGAAAAAGUCGUUUCUCUGAUGCCACUGCAGAGGAAGUGGAAAGGACAAAGGAGAUUUUCAGUGAAGAAUAUGGACCAUCAAAUCCAAAGUUCGGUGGUUAUCCGAGAUCAGUUAGUGAGUCAGUGCGACCUGAAAUCCAUGGAACACAACAUCCUGACCUCUACACACAACCACAGAGCCCACAUCAUCCUGAAAGCUACCACAGAGAAGGAUUGGAGUCAGAGGGAGUCUUUGAUUUGCUGAAAGGAAUUGAAAUUGAGAAUGCAGAGGAGGCUGAUUUCCUGAAGAACAAACUUUGCAGCCUUCUGAGAGAAUUUAAGUCCAAAAAAUCAGAGAAGGCAGUGCAAAUCAGCCAAGGCGGAGCAGUCCCCAAGAACGAUUACAACAGCUUGAAGCCAGACCGGGAGCUUUCUCCACGACACCAGUAUGAGAGAACACGCAGAGAAGAUUCAGACCUUCGACGAGCACAAGACAUACGUUUCCAAGAUGAUUCCAGAGGACGUGGCUGGCAGCAGCAGGAGUAUGUGCCUGACGAACAGCGCCAGGAAUACCAUCAUUCUGCACGCAAGGAACCCACACCCUCGAAUAGAAGCCGCUAUGAAGAGGCCUUUGGGCGUCCUGGAAUGUCUCGGACACCUAAUGUUCCCUAUUCAGAUGAGCCAGUAUAUUUCCCUGAAAGGUUUCAAGAACCCAAACACCCUCGUGGCUACCGACCCGCUGCUGAGGAGUAUUUCAACUGUCCCUCAGCUCCCCAACACAUGGUCGAAGAACCCAGGAUGCAGAGCGGCUCCCGGUUCUCCACGCACCUGGACAAAAUAACCUCCACCCUCCUGGAACUUGUGGCAAGAAAACAACCAUGAGAUUUCUGCAGAUGUUCUGUAAAAUAAAUAUCCAUUCUUUGGUGUAAAAUUUUGACUUUAGGUUAAAUCACCUUUGUUUGCUUUAGACUUUUCUGAAGAAUUGGUUUCUUGAAUUAUUUUUUAUGUAAAGAUUAAAACAAUUGUCUACUGCAGCUGUCAUGUUUCCCACAUUUUCAAAUUACUGUUACCACCACCAGCAAGAAUAGUGAUGUUGUAAAUGAUUUUCCAAUAGUUAUGUCCUAAUAAUUCACCGAAUUAAAUUUGUCUUGACUCAAGUGGAACUAACUGAUGUUUGUAGACUAUCUAAUGCAGGUUUUUAUGAAUAACGUGGUCCCAUG